UAAAAUGCUCGCCAUUUGAGAGACCUUCCGUGAAAAUUUGGCACACAACAACGUUAGAGCAUUCCCAAGGCACCGAGAAACAGGUAAAAAUUGCGUCGCACCGCACUGUAGUCCAGCAAGUGCCCCGAAAAAUUGUCGUUCCUUGUUGGAGUGUUGGACACUGAAAGAAAUUUGAAAGAGAAAAAAAAGUUAUUGGACUUGAUAAAAGAUUCAAACAUAUGUGAAAGUGAGAAAAAGUCGUGGUUCACGCGCGAGCUGGCAUCCCGAACUUGCGGUAACGCCUAAAAAAACGGGAAAAAAGCGAUCCGAGGACGGAAAAGAAGGAAAAAAAAAGUUCCAUUCAUCUUCUUUUCGCUGUUCUGUGUGCAUAAGUAUAACAAUGGCUACGACUUAUUAGCUCGUCGUUCGCUUUCUGUGUAUUCGUUGUAUGUGCUCACAUAUGCUGCUACAACAACAACAACAACAGUGUAAGUGCAGGGAUACAAAUAAUAAUAAUAAUAAAAUAGAAGCAACAAGAGGUCAGUGUAACUUAUUGUAAAAAAAAAAGUAAUAAGAAGAGUAACAUUACACACACACGUUCGAAGAACGACGACGACGACGCAACGUACGACAUACAAAAAUUAUAAUAAUCAUAUAAGAGGAGUAAAGAAUACAAAAAAAAAAAAUAAUAAGAAGAAGAAAAGAUUGUCCGAAACACUUUGCGUGCGUUGUAGACCAUUUUUUCUUCUCCGUUUUUUGUAAAGUCAGCUGGUAGCACGCAAAAUUCCUGUAAAUUUUUUUUCCGUCUCCGUGGAUAAUGAGCAGUAAAUAACUCUUAAACGGGAGAAAGUAGCAAGCAGGACAAUCGUUCGUGGUGCGAUAAGGAAUGGUUAAGACGGUAAUGCAAAACGCAGACCAAAUACCAGCAACAACGCAGCAAAAACAACAAUCAGCGACCCCGCAAAAGCAUCAAUCUCUCUUCGGACUGUUCCUGGGCAACAACAGCAGCACUGGCGAUCUGUUGUCGCACACGCAUCAACAUCACCAUCAUCAUCAUUCCGGUGUCCACGAACAUCAUUCAUUAGGUGCCAUUCCCUACUCGAUGUCAAAGUCGUCUCAGUCGUCAUCCGGCAGCAAUUCCAUCGUAUCUUCCCUCACAAACAAUCGUCUCUACUCCGUCGAGAGUAUCGUCAAGCUAACGUCGUCGCCCCAAACCUCAGGCGGCUCUUCGCUCAGCAACAACACUUCCAAAUCCAGUUCUACGACAAAUCUCUGUGCCGUCGCCACCGCUCCAAAAAUCCCGCAUUCCUCAACCGCGAACGUUUCUUCCUUCGCCCAGGCCAUUCUCAAUUCCGCCGCGACGCCCAACAACGGCAACGGCACAAAUUGCCUGAAUAACAAUCCCCAGACAAAUCACUUGCCAUCGCAGCAGCAGCAUCAUCAUCAAAUCACAAGUAGUCAUGUUAGUAUUAUAACGUCGGCAGAACAAAAGAAACAUUUGGCGAAGAUGAGUUCCGUGGCGACAGCUACGACAACGACGACAACUGCGGCAACGCACGACAACGUUAUUCAGCAGAGCAAUGGCACGGAAGCGGCAGAGAGUGCGACAAAGACGCCCGUUAAGCCGAAACCGAUGGUAGCGACACCGCAACAAGUUAUGGCGCUUUAUAUGAACAAGUUGACGCCCUAUGAGCAUCACGAGAUUUAUAAAUAUUCCGAAAUUUACUUUAUUGGUGCUAAUGCGAAGAAGCGACCCGGGAUCAUUGGUCCCAAUAAUUCGGAUUACGAUAAUGAGCAAGGGUCGUAUAUUCAGAUUCCACACGAUCACAUUGGAUAUCGCUAUGAGGUGCUUAAAAUUAUUGGAAAAGGAAGCUUUGGACAAGUUGUUAAAGCUUACGAUCACAAGACACACGAGCACGUAGCCUUAAAAAUGGUUCGUAACGAAAAGCGAUUUUUCCGACAGGCACAAGAAGAAAUUCGCAUCCUACUGCAUUUACGUAAACAAGAUCGUGAUAAUACCUUUAACGUAAUCCACAUUUAUGAUUACUUCAUCUUCCGUAAUCAUAUGUGCAUAACAUUCGAACUGCUGUAUAUCAAUUUGUACGAACUGAUUAAGAAAAACAAGUUUUUAGGAUUUAAUUUACAAUUAGUUAGAAAAUUUGCACAUUCGCUGUUGCAAUGCUUGGAUGCGUUGCACAAAAAUUCAAUCAUUCAUUGUGAUAUGAAGCCAGAGAAUAUACUGCUCAAGCAACAGGGACGAUCUGGAAUUAAAGUUAUUGACUUCGGUUCUUCCUGUUACGAAAGUCAACGCGUUUACACUUACAUCCAAUCGCGUUUUUAUCGUGCGCCCGAAGUAAUUCUCGGCGGCAAGUACAGCAUGGCGAUCGACAUGUGGUCUCUCGGAUGCAUCCUGGCCGAACUUUAUACCGGUUACGCCUUGUUACCCGGCGAAGAUGAGGCAGAUCAGCUAGCUUGCAUGAUCGAGUUACUCGGGAUGCCGCCGCAAGCUGUUCUGGAUUCGUCGAAACGCGCGAAGAAUUUUAUCACGGCAAAGGGAUAUCCGCGAUAUUGCAGCGUGAAUAUCAAUCAAGAGGGAAAAGUUGAGUUUUAUGGCGGUUUUUCGAGACGUGGAAAGCCAAGAGGACCUCCAGGAUCUCGUGAUUUGAAACGCGCAUUGAAAGGAUGUGACGACCAAUUGUUUUUACAUUUCCUAAAAUGUUGUCUGGAAUGGGAUCAGCAUCAGAGAAUUACGCCCGCAGAAGCGCUCAAACAUUCCUGGUUCCGACGACGAUUACCUAAACCACCGAAUGGUAGCGGAAGUUCGAGUCUACCAUCAACAUCGGGUAACAACGGCUCCUCAACGAGUUCCUCCGCAACAAAGGCGAAUGGCGGCGGCGAUUCGCAAAACAACACCGACAGCAUCGUCCUCGCUGUACCCGGCAAUUCGAGCAGCAACACGACAAGCAACAGCAAUACGAGCAAUCAAAGUAAUCCAGUCACGACAGCGAACGUUGCCACGCUCCAACGCACCGAACUCCUCAAUGGGCCGAACAGCAAGAUGGCAACGCUGCCAAAUAAGUUGCGCGUUCAAAUUUCGGCGACGUCAAACGAUGACAUGGUCGCCGGCAACACCUACAGCACAUUUACACGCACACUCCAAUCAUCCUCGUCACUUACCAGCCUACCGCAAUCAUCCGCUACCGGAACAUUUCGUCCCAUCCUCAGCAGUCAUCAUUCGGCAAUCGAGACAAGUAGUGCCGCACUGAAUGCCGCCACGGGAAGCAAUCCCACAAAUGGGCUUAGUUUGUUACAAUCGACGGGCACCACGAAAUUACCGAUAAUUGGCGGGCAACGGAACACAAUCACAUAACAACACGACAACCUGUUGUAAGUUCUUCGUAGGUCGUAAGUAAAAAAAAAGUGUAUGUUAGGGAAAUCUUCUCAUUAAUUUUUUUAAAAGUUAAAAUUUUCUCUCUUUUUUUCCGACUGACAUUGUAUUUUGUCAGACAAGUUGUUUUAAUUUUUUUUUUCGAAAUCUGUUUUGACGUCGUACGAUGCUUACCAAGCUUUUGUAAAGUGAACACAUUAAAUAUAAAC